AUGGGAAUGUCGAACAAGUCAGUUUCUACAUGUAUUUUUUUCCUUGCUUUAACUGUUUUGUAUGGAAUCCAGAUUACAGAAGAGAGACAUUUGACAACUACUUCGUCAGAGAUUGAGCGAAUAUAUAAGAAAGGUGAGGCCAGGACUUCUAGCAUUGGGGUCACACAUACACGACGUAGUGUCCCUGGAAAGGCGGUCAUUAGCCACCCCACAGAUUUUAGGCCUACGAAUCCCGGCAACAGCCCUGGCGUUGGACACUCUAACGGUCGACAUUGA